AUGGCGGCCUCGGGCGGCGCGUCUUCAAUCCAGGUGACGGUUCGAGUACGGCCAUUUACAAUUAAAGAAGCUGCACAGCUCGCGAAAUGUGACGAGGGAAUGCUCUUCAUGGGCGACGGCUCCCUGGCUGGCACUGCUCCCAAGCUGCAGCAAAAAGGUCUCCGCUCAAUUAUCAAGGUGGUGGAUGGCAAAUGCCUAGUAUUCGACCCCCCUGAAGACAACCCCUUGCAGCGAUUUUCCAGAUCCGUUAUUCCCAACAGAGCAAAACGUGGAAAGGACCAAACAUUCAUGUUCGAUCGAGUAUUCGACGAGAACACAACUCAGGGAGAUGUAUACGAAGCUUCUACCAAACACCUCCUAGACAGUGUCUUAGAAGGAUAUAAUGCCACCGUUUUCGCUUACGGUGCCACAGGCUGCGGGAAGACGCAUACGAUUACAGGAACACCCCAGCAACCCGGUAUAAUAUUCUUGACAAUGCAGGAGCUAUUUGAAAAAAUUGCGGAGAGGUCGGAGGAGAGAGUAACGGAGCUGUCUCUGUCCUAUCUUGAGAUAUAUAACGAGACCAUCCGUGACUUGCUUCUUCCCGGCGGAAGCAAACAAGGUCUUAUGCUUCGAGAGGACGCCAAUCAGACUGUAUCGGUUCCUGGACUGUCGACUCACCGCCCUCAGAAUGUUCAGGAAGUUAUGGAUAUGAUUAUGAGGGGCAACGAAUACCGAACAAUGUCUCCCACCGAAGCGAAUGAAACCUCUUCUCGAUCCCACGCAGUACUUCAGAUAAAUGUGGCGCAGAAGGACCGUAAUUCCGACCUCAACGAACCGCAUACGAUGGCCACGUUGAGCAUAAUCGAUUUGGCGGGAAGUGAGCGAGCGAGCGCAACGAAGAACCGUGGUGAAAGACUUGUGGAGGGGGCCAACAUUAACAAAUCGCUCCUUGCCUUGGGUAGCUGCAUCAAUGCCCUCUGUGACCCACGAAAACGCAACCAUGUUCCAUACCGCAACUCAAAGCUUACCAGACUACUCAAAUUCUCUCUUGGAGGCAACUGCAAAACUGUCAUGAUUGUCUGUGUUAGUCCUGCAAGUCAUCAUUUCGAUGAGACGCAGAAUACCUUGCGCUACGCCAACCGGGCCAAAAAUAUCCAAACGAAAGUUACGAGAAACGUCUACAAUGUUAACCGCCAUAUCAAAGAUUUCCUUGUUAAGAUUGAUGAGCAGAUCGCCUUGAUCAAUGAACUAAAACAACAGCAAAAGGAAUACGAGACGAUCGCCUUUGCAAAAUUCAAAAAGCAGAACGAAAAGAAAGAGGCCGUGUUGCGUGAAUCGAUUGCACGUCUUCGCAGCGCAUACGAACACGCCGCACCCGAGAGGCAGGAGAAAACCAACUGCAUGGUACGGCUUAAGCAAGUUAGUCGACGGGUGUCUAUGCUAUCCGCCUGGAUUGCUGCAUUUGAUAAUGUAUGUGCUGCUCGCGGGCAGGAUGAUACAAUGCAGGGGCUCCACGCAAUUCGAAAAUCGGCUCAAGGGAUUCUCUUUGAAUUGGAAGGCAGCCGUCAGCAUUAUCAUCAGAAAAUUGGAAAGUCUUCUUGGGAGAGGUCUAUAGAUUCUGCUCUGGAAGUGGGCAUCAGGCAGCUCCGCGAGUUGGAAACAAGCGAUAAUACCGAUAUUGAAAAUCUCAAACGGGAAGCCGAAUUGUUGAAGUCUAACGCUGAGUACGAAGCAUUGAGUGCCGUAUCAGAACAGGAUAAAACUGGCGAGUUCGAGACCACUCAGCGACUUCUCGAGGCUAACUUUGAGACAAUAUCAGCGAUUGAACAUAUAAUGCAGCUUAGUGAAGAGGAGGCCAUUGACACAGGCAAAAAAAUCCUUGGAAAGCUCUUGGAAACUUGCUGUGCCAAUACAACUAACGUCGUUAAACCCAAUGGAAGCAGCCCUGCUAAAACGGAAGCAUUCCCUCUCCCCCGCAAUGGAACCCCAAAGAGACGAAAGAGAAUCAGCCUAAUCAGCCGCGUAUCGCUCUCAAAACCCUUGGUACCUCCAGUUACCAUAACUCCGCCGGUCAACCAGACACCAAUGAAAGGUUCUCCGCGGAGAAGAAGAGGGCCAGGGCUGAAAAAGGGGGUAUAUUUCACUCCAAAGAAAUUGGGAAAGCCUAAUAAGAGGAGCGUCAGAUGGAAAGAUGACGCUGAAGAUGGACCCCUAGCAGAGUUCGAAAAGACGCCCCAGAAACCACAGUUAUCGCCGCAGCCAUUCUCAGGAUCGCCUUCUUCUCUUCCGGUUCCAACCAUGGCGUCGUCCAUUCCGUUACGGUCAGGAUCGAGGGAAACUUCUCCAAUGCCUACCCUACCACCUAUGCCUAGUACGUAUUCCAAAAAUUCGAGAUUCCAGACUGGUUUUUUGUCUAAGAAAACCAAUGAGGGUUCACCCGGUCCCGCACCAGCGCCUCCUAGUUUAACCAGACUCUCCUUAUCGGACACGGAACAAGCCUCCCCACUUCGUCAAAUUAGCAACAGCAGUACCCUAAACAGGCGGUCCCUUGAUCGUGAAAGCAACACCCAUUCGUCUGACGGUGAAGAUCCUCUGAAAAUCGACAAGCUAGAUGCCGCUAGAAUCAGCUCCGCCAUGCGACGUAUUUCCGGUUCGGGACCUGGACCUGGUGGACCUACCAAUCGACCACGUCACCGAAGCCCCAGCGUUGCAUCUAACAGUCCGCCAAAUGAAAACACCAUGUUCACAGCAUCUCAAGCCCGAAGGAUGGUGAAAAGCGAAAAGGACCAGGAAGGGCGAUACGGUGUCUUAAGCCCGAGGACGUUCCCUGUCACGAAACCUGGCAGUCAACGAAGAGUUACUUCCGUGGACCUGAAAAUGAGAGACGUGAGCAACUCGAGCAGAGACGGUGUGAGGUUUAGCACUACAGCGAUUCCUUCAGCUGGUCAACCUCGGCCAAACCUUCAGGGUUCCGGGCCUAGCGCAUGCCGUUGA